AUGGUGCCCCCGGUCGAUAUUGGUCUCAUGUUUUACGCCUGUGUCACUCCAAUGGUCCUGCUGAUCGGAAUGGUCGGGAAUUGUCUCUGUCUUCUCGUGUUCCGUGUGAAACGAUUACGCUCGACCCCGACCGGAACUUCCUGUGCCACAAUCUUAUCGGCUCUGUCCGGCGCAGACCUGUUAGUGUUGCUCUGUCACGUCGGACCGGAAUGGAUACAGACCGGGGUGCCCACACUGAUUCACACAAUCUAUCGACGACCGGCACCACUGCCAACAGAAGUGAACAACUGGACCAGACUGGCCAUGAACAUGAUGGCUACGAUGAAUGUGUCACGUGAUCAGAUGAUGAGUCGACUCAGUUGGCCCACAACAAUGCUCGCGGCGGACCACUUAAACAAUGCCACUCCGGAAGCAGGUAGCAGUCACACAUUGUUUCUUCAUCAGCCUGGCAUGUUUCAACUGUACAUCAUGAUAUCGUACGUGUUACGCAUGAUGUCAGUCUGGCUGUUAGUUCUGUUCACAAUCGAGCGGUAUAUUGGUAAGUGA